AUGCACACGGAGAUAAAGAAGAGGGCGGAAAUGCUCGCAAAAGAGGCGCAGAAGGUGCACUAUGCCAUAGAGCAGCACAAUAUACACCUGGGGACUCUGGAGCAGCAAACAGAAAAAGUCGAGCAAAAGAGCAAGAUACUCUCGAAUAAGCUGCUGCGGACUGUGAAGGAGAUGCAGAAGGACGGCAGAAACACCAUUAUAAUAGCUCUGACGCUGACUGCAAUAAUGCUUAUUUUGUACCUGGUGUGA